AAAUCUGUAAUUUCUACCCCUAAGCGAGACGACGAAAAGUAUCCUGGUCGCUUUCAUAUGGAAGUCUGCCCCGGGAAUCUGGCGAGUUAGCCUUUAGAAUAGGCGUAAUUUUGAGACGAGUUUGCUGAAGCCAAGAUCUGCAUAUUUGUAAUAGGAAAAAACAAAAAUGUUUUUACCUCAUGCCUUCUCCACUUAGCCGUCUUGAAUAGUCCUGUAGAGAAUAAAACGAAAUUCUGUAAAUAUAAACUGAAUAUAUAUUGCACCUACUAGUAUGGUCCCCCGGGAGCGUCAUACCUAUUUGUUGCUGAUCCCCUCGCGCGACCUCUCAAGGAAGUAGACUGUGACGUAGACUGCGAGCAGUCUCUUAUUUUUCUUUGCAAAGUUACUGCACGCGAAAGUUCCAAGCACGCGAGCGGCGAGCGGCGAAGCCGUGAGACGCGAUAAACGAGGGCGUAAGCCCUACAAAAGAGUCCGCAGUCCGUCGUUUCUCGUCUCGUCCCAAUCAACGUCGUGGUUUGCAAUCGCGCUGGCUGAGAUAAGAACUAGACGGAUUUCAAGAGAAAAGGCGGACUGUAAGCAGUCAAAUGUUUAACUGUAACGAUAAACAGAGCAUGUAAAACGCUCGCACAUUCAACUGACGUAACUCUUUUGCUCGAUUUUAUGGCAGCUCGGGGCCGGGUGGGGGAGGUACUCGACCAAUAUUUGGGUAGAGGUCCUUCAGGGUCAAGCGUUUGCGUUACCGUCGAUCACGCAUACUCGUACCAUACAGCCCCGCUGCAACACCCUCUACUGCGCAAGAGCAGAGGAGUUUUUAUAAAAUAAGAUCACAACUCUGUCACACAACCAAGGCAUUAGCGAUGCCUAAAAGCUGCCAGUAUGGACGAGAUCCAAGAAGUGCUUCAUUUGUUUGACAUAAGAAGAUAUGCAGACCCAUUUGGCGCUCUGAGUGCUCUUAAAACAGUUCUUAUGGGGCUCUCGUGCUGUGUAGUACCCCUGAUCUUACGGCGAUUUCAAGCACACGACGAUUAUCACUGAAUAGUAUAAAUUAAGGGUUCUAUCUGAAGCAAUUACAAUGUAGUUCUUUAGAUUUCCCUCGGUCAGUUGUACUUCUUGUUUGGCUAACGCGAUUUAAUUUGCCUUAAGCGUUCGCAUUGGUGUAUUUGAGCUUCUGCAGUCGAAAGCUUGAUCUCAGACGUUAAUUUACCGAUUUGGCUAAACUUUUGCAUCGUAAAUUAGUCAUGAUUAGUGCCAUAAUAUCCGUCUGAAAAGUUAACAAGACUGGCGUAUUCCUUACCACUCACCUUAUAAUGUAACUAAGUUCCUUGCAUAUCUGACAUGGCGUCACGUAUUUCUCUAAAACUUGUUUCUAAUCCUUUAUAAAACCUAUUUCAAGGUUCAACAACUCGUAUUUGGAGGGCAAAGACCGUUAUGCAUGCAUGACCGUUCACGAUAUGCUAAUUAUCUCCCGACUGUUUUUUGUUAUUCUUUGUUGUACACGUCAAGGGCUUAAAAGACUUAAAAGGCUGAUGAAGUUUGAAUUUGUUGAGCCAACAGAAUGAAAUAAAGACAGUAUAAAGAGAUCACAGCCGCAAACUAAAAAACGAAUGUCGCGUGGAUUUCAAUUGGAAUUUUAAGAACAGCUUAAUAAUCCCGGCCUGACCAAAAAAAAAGUUACUAUAAGCUAAAGCUGCUACUUGAGAGGUACGACGUAAAUAUGCCAUACAGAGUAACAUUUCACCGACAUUUAUUUGAUAUGAACUUUUGACUAAAAGUUAGUUCAUUGAGUAAACAAGGACUGAGAAUUUAUGCAAACAUUUUAACAAGUGAACAAAUUAGGUUCAGGAUAACUAGAAAAGUAAAGAAAAAGGCUUUGGGUAAUUUUUCUCUGGAGUACGAAGGUGCGAACAAUAACAGAAUCAACUCUGUUAUUCAUCUUAUUGUCAUACAGUUCAUACUAUAUCAUAGCCCUAACUAAACAAAAACGAUAUGAUACUUGUGCGAUUAGUUGAAGGUGGAGUUCAACCACACAUAUCAUCUAAACGUAUUGCACUCAAACUUCCUAAACAAGGCACCAAAAGGCACUGAGUCAGGUGUCGGCUUUUUAGAAUGGAUGAAAUUUGGUACAAGUGGGACCAAGAAAUGUCCUUUUUAUAGAGUGGUGUUCGUAUUGAUUCGAUUUCAUAGCGGCAUUGACGUUUGUAACUUACACUAAGGGCACUUUCAACUACUUAAUUUCCUUACUGACUGCUGAAUAUUUUCCUACCUUUAUUCUAUCGUGUCCUCUUUGUGACUUUGCGAUUUCUUGAUCGGGGGAAAAGGCUUCGCCAUUAUGGUGUCCGUUUUGUAACGCUCCAGGCGAAAUUGAGUCGUCUGACAUGCUCCUUGUCAGGCAGGGUCAAUUUUACGCUAGAAAAACACACAUUACCAAAGAAACAUUUCAGCACAACUGUUAACAGCUGAUAAAUUUACUUUAAAUAUUUACCUCGAUCAGGUUCCUCGAAAAAAAACUAAGCAACGCGUUCCAAUUUCAGUCAACCAGAUAGCGAAAACCACUGCAAAAGUCUCCAAACUUAGAGUAAAAAGUUUCUCAAUCAUCCGACGGCAAAAAGAGUCAGCUUCUCGCGCGGGAUUCCGUUAAAAUUCAAAUAAGUUCAUGGUUUACGGACGACGCGCUGAAUUCACUUUGAAUUGAAAUGAGUCUGUAAACGUGCCCUCAGGGGCAGUAUACCUAAAUUGCUUUUGUGUCAGCAACCAAUAGGAAAACGCGCCAUUGAAAAGUGUAGUAACCCCUGGGUUGGCAAGCGGAUGAAUUACGACUUGUAAUAAUUAAAAAUUUGUAAGUAUAAGCAUGAAAAGUUCUAAUGUAAAUUUUAGUUUACAAGGAUGUCAUUAAUAGUUUUGUUAUUGUGGCACGAGUGCGUCCUUCUUUUAAAAUAAGUCGAUCUUGUACAAAAAAAAUGGAGCGAGUUCGGCGCGAAAAAAAAUAAAAUAAUGCCAAAAAGUUCAAAUGACAUUUCAGCGCGCGUGCUAACUUUUAGUACUGAAAUGACUCAGUUCAACUCCCCAUUCGGAUUUUUUACAAUGUGAAUGUUUCAGAUAAUUCUUCUUACCGUAUUUUCAGCAAUUCCAAAAUCUACGCAAGGGUUAUUUUGUGCCAGUUUUUACCCACAAUAUAAAUUUUCAUAAGUUUGGCAUAUGAAAGGUCCGUGGCACUUCCCGAUUAAAAGAGACCGAGUUAAGUAAGUGUCACCGAAUCACUUCUAAACCGGCAUUAACCUCAGCUGUCUCACGUUAAAGAAUUAAAAUUCUCAAAACAGGCCCGUGAUAAUUACAAUUCAACGGUCUCUAAGUAUAACAAGACUGAUUCAGUGUCCGUGACCGUGUGAAAAAUUAUAAUGACUGUUUAAUAACAACCGUAUUACAUACAUACCUGAAACCCAACCUGAAACCGUGAGAUAAAUGUCGUGUCACUGUACCACCGGUAUUACUGGUGAAGUAAAAAAUCAAAACAAUCCUGUCGGCGUUUUCAGAGAGAAAGUUGAAGAUCCGUGAAGUGGAUUUCGGACGAAGGAAAACAAAAAGAAGAAGAAGACUUUCGGGUCACCAAUGCAACACCGGUCGAAUCAGCUUGGCUUCAAAAGUACCAGUUAAAAAGCCACGCCAAUAUUUGUUUAGUGAAUAAAGCAACGGACUCGAGAAACUAACAAAAGUGGCCGAUUUUAAAUAUGCAUGGAUAUGCUUAAAAGUUUACUUUUUAAAAGACUGAGGCGAAACUAGAAAGAGUUAAAUAAACUACUACAUUAUUUAAAACCCUAAAUAAGAUAUAUUGUACCAAAACUCUCUAGUUGCAGAAAGUUCUUUCAAACAUUUCUAUUAACAUUUGAAGUUCAAUUCAGGCUUAUAGUUAAGCACCUGCCUUAUCGUGUCUAUGUAAACAAAAUUAAAAUCCGUAAACUUCCCGCGGGAUAUUGUCAUAUAAUUAUGGGCUAUUUAAGUGCAGCUGCCACCGUGAAGCAUAUGCUUUUCAAGCCGAGUUUUGUCUGGGAUCACUCGCAUGGGGCAGGGGCACCCAACGACAAUUUUCGGAAAAUAUCUGUUCGGAAGACGAUUUGAGAUCUAGAAUUUUCGGAACAUUUGUUGUAAAAUUUCUUGCUUGCCUGCCUCUCUUAGGAUUUUCGAACAUCUAAAAAAUGGUAUAAUUGCCUAUUUUUAACGUAUUUUUACCCUAAAAGGUCACCUAGAAUUUUCGGGAGCCUUUUUUCUGGCUGGAAUUUUCGGAAAGGCAAGUUUUGAUCCCUAUAAUUUUCGGAUCACUAGACUUUCAGCUAGGAAAUCGGAACAGAUAAAAAUUUUUAGGAGAAAAAGAUAUGCUGAUAUCUACCGUUUAAAUACUAAAAUACGUUUAACAAUGCUAUGUUUGAGUGGUUUUGAACUAUAUUCUCGUUGGGUGCCCCUGAUGGGGCAUAGGAAACUGAUCAGUUAUUUUAGGCUAGGGAAACCGGGAUUUGAUCGACACUACUCGAAAAAAUGAAAUUAGCAAAUUUAAAAUUAACCGCGACUUGGUGAUGGCUAUCUUUGAAAAUAACGACUCUAGGUUAGGAGGGGAUUUGGGAACGUUAUUCUAGAAUAAAGGGUAACAAAUUAAAAUUAAGCUGAACCGAGGUCUGGUAUAUGCUAAGGGCUCCAGGGUCUUAGCGGCACAUCCCCACCUACAAUUCAAAUUCCUUAAGUUUACCCCCGGGGGAAGGGGGACUGGAUGUAAACUACAUGCACGUAUGGCGACCCCAGAGACCGCGUGACAAAUUUUUUGUUUUUUUUUCUGAAUGUGAGUUUCUUUUUCAUUGAACAAAACUGAGUCCGGCUGCCACAGCAGAUAAUAGUAACAAUAACAACAACAACAAUAAUAGUAAUAAUAAUAAUAGGUGUUAAUGAUAUAUGAAAUAAAUCAUAAUAAUAAUUUAUUCAUAUAGCGCAAUUUUCUUUAGAGCCCAAUGGCGCUAAGCGACAAAUGUUAAAAAGAAAUAAUUGUACUGAUGGUUAAUUAAAGUAUUAUAGUAAAUGUUAAAAAGUAUUACAAUAAGUGCUUAAAACCAUAAAAAUUGAUAAUUAAAUUAUCUUGCUCUAGACAGACUUCAAGUGAAACUGACUAAAACUUGAAAGGACUAAUUUGCUAAUUUGAUAUAAAUGUUCCCAUAAAAAGAUUAAGUCUGCGCUUUUUUCUUAGUCAUUGGACGCAAGAUCUAAUUUCAAGAGGCAUGUCGUUCCACCGCUGACGAGGUGCCACUGAAAAAGACGUAAUGUACGUAUCACAGAUACUUUUUGGUAUUUUGGUAUUUUUUGGUCCAUAGCUCUAAUCCGUAUAAGAACCUUUACUCAAGUCAUGAUGCGUAAACUAAAGAAAACCAGGCCCUGAUUGUCCUUAUUUCUUCGACGGGAAAAAGUGAAGUCAUUUCAGAUUGCGCACGAAAGCAUCUUGGGCUUUGAAAGUAUUCGUUAAAACAAAUGUUCGUUGCGUUUCAGAAUAGAAAUGUGGAUUGCAAGUGUUGGUCUUAUAUCUUAGUGAGAGGGGACCGAGAUCGAAGUACCCGGUGAACGCCCCUGGGAGAUCGGAACCAGAACCAGCAACAAAUCAAACCACAUAUGACCCGGGCAGGUAGGGGCUCGCUACGAGCCCGGUGGGGCACACUAGUAGAAGUUGGCUUCACUUGACUGGCAGUGUAUUUCAGUCUGAACCUUUCAAACUGGAGAGAUGAAUGAUAACUUUCUCUAGGUUAAAAAAUUAAGUUAACUUUAAUUUAAUAAUGGUAAAGCGGCUCUAUCUUGGAAGACAAGUAGGUAGCGUAAUUUUUCAUUAAGGGUUCAAGAGGCGGUACUUUAACUCUUCGCUGUCUGAUUAAGACCAUUGGUUACCUCUAUACAUUCGAUCGAAAUUAAAGCCAAUUUAUGUCUUAAGGAAUGGCCUGUUACAUAACAGCAAUCUUCGCCCAAAAGAGUUCGUUCAGCCGAACGGAAAGUGAUGGAGGAUAAAGCCGUCAAAAUUGUUAUACUUAACCGCAAGAAACAUCCGCCGUUAGAUUAAAAGAAAAGAAAGCAGGAGGUAUUGUCAAGCAAACUGGACUUUAGAAGCUAAGUCUGCCGGAAAAAUUGCUAAAUCCUUUGGUAGGGAAUCCCCUCCUUAACAUUAACAGAAUCUUCCACGGGGGGUGGGGGGGGUACUUGGCUUUAUUUUUGCUGGGUAUGUGUCGCAGGCCUCUCAGAUUCCCUACCCCAUAAUAGUCUUUUUCUCUGGCCACAUUAUAGACCCCAUCUUAGCCACUUUAUGAAAAAAGUAAUUUUUGCAAUCCCAACUUAGUCACUUUCUGUGAUGUUGUAUAAGUCUUGCUAUUUUUAAAUCACUACAUACCUGAAUUUUCGGACCCCCAAAAUCCUGAAAAUGUGUGACCCCAUUCUAGUAACUCUUAUAAAAAUGCAACCGCCAUAAUAGUCAAUCCAGUCGUGAAAAUGCGACCCCAUCUAGCGGCACAUGCCCAUUAUCCUACUACUAGGAAGUACCACCCCUCCCCCCCGGAUCUACCAAACAGAAAAGAGGACGGCCCUAGACAUGCCAGAAAAUCCCGCUGUCUUCAUAAAUCGCGCUAAUCCGUCGAUAAUCCGAGUGGAAUGCUCUUCAAUGCUUUUGUCCAUAACUGCUUGGCACAAAGUGAUUAUAACAUCGUAGCUUAGGCUGCGCCAACAAUUCAAAUGCAUAGUUUCGUUGAGUUUCCGCUCAGAAAAAGGAUCAGUGAAGUCAGAUGCUGAGCAAACUCGAAACAAAAAUGAGACAAAAAUUAUAACUAGAAAGAAGCUGGGACAUGCAAGCGUAAGUAAUAUUCUAAAUACUUAUCAAAGGUUCUCAUAGCUUCCGCGCGCGUAUCACGACAUUUUCAGUUCACAAGGUUUUUAAUGAAAAUCGCUUUUUUGGAAGCCUCCGUCAAAGCGAGCUUAAUAACUGUAAAAAUUCUAAGGACAGCUUGGUAGCAAGAACUGUUAGUAUUUUAGCACCUUUUUCUUUUCAGCCACACUUUUCGAUGACAGGUUGAUUAGAGUUCCUAUUUAGUCAUAGAACUAUCUGCAAAAAUUUUCCCGAUUCGCUGUACCAUAUCUUAUGUCUUCACGAUUACUUCUAGACUGAUCGUCAGACAAUGGAAGGAUUGGGUUUAAAAAGAUUUUACAGGUUGGACGUUCUGAAAAGGAUUUGAAGGCAUUCAGAUUAAGAAUGAUCCCUAUUAUUUUUUGCAGUAUGUUUGUAUUUAAAUGCUAAACGCCGAGAUUAAAGAGGACUGGAAGCCUUAUUACGUGCGCAGGUCCUACGUAUUAAAUUAAUCCUACUACAUGUACUAGAAAGUAUGAACGUUCUGAAUUCCUCUUUAAAAUUACUAUUGAUGAAUUUUUUUUCGACGAACUGCAUCGACUGAAAGCAGAAACAAAGACCAUAAGAGAAGGGCCGUGCUCCUAGAUGAAAGGCACGACGAUAAGAAUGCUUACAGCUAAUGGGUGUUUUCCGAAAUAAAGCCUCUGGAAAGUCUCUAGUUUCUUUCUCUAUUGCUAAGGGCCGGACUUUGUCAUGCUAUUUGUUAUCCUUUUAAAAAACUAAAACUUUUCAUUUGCUUCGCAUCAACUGAAUUCCAAAAAUUUGAUGUCCAGUUUUGCCAUUUAACAUGCAGUUCAGCCCGGUCGACUCUUUAUAGCAAGAAGGUCACUGCAGCCGGUUACCUCUGAAAGUCAUAGGUUCGACUCCUGUUGGAAAAAUUCUAGGUUUUUUUCGUCCUUCCUUCCUUUCUUUUCUUUUCUUUUCUUUCUUUUUCUUUCUUUUUUUAAAUAUAUUCCUCUAUCGUGAGAGAAGCGAUAACCGAAGCAAGCCUUUAUACGCAUACCACGAUGAAUAAUAUCUUUCAUCACAGGCUUCUGUGGUUGAAGUGGAAGGCUGCGAAAGGUACACUUAGGGACGGAGCAUUAGAAAACUUAUGGGGGAGGGGGGGGGGGCGGGCGAAGUACAAGAAAAAUAUUCGCGCAAGGGAAAAUUAAAUGAAGAAAAAAUUCAUGCACGCCAAAUAACCCUAAAAAAUAUUCAUGCUAUGGCCUAAAAAAAAUUCAUUCAAGGAAUUUGAUGACGAAAGAAGAUUCCUGCGCCUAGAAAAUUCCCCACCCCUCCCCCCAUAACGUUUCUAAUGGUCCGCCCUUAACAGGAAAAUUUCAAUAAUCGGUAACAAUUGCGUAUGAAAAAAAGUGUGCAACAAGGGGAAAUCGAGAAAUACUUCUACAAAAGUUACGUGGGACAGGUAUUUACAUGCCAUGGUGGUUGGUACCAAAAGAAGAUGAAUUAUCCCCCAUUAGAAAAAUAAUAGCAAAAAUAAUUGUCACCAGGAGCGGCUCCUGUUGCCACUUACAAAGCGCAAUUACUACAUGCAUUCGCAGUAGCGCUACUAAUAACCAUAUGGAAAUCAAAUCUGAAAACUUUUAGGCUAACAAGUUUUCAAAAACCACAAUUCCAAUCCGUUUCAAACUUCUUCCAAUUUUUCUAACCGUCCGGCACCUUUUUCACAUGUUUGCUGUGUUAUCUAUACCUUCCUUGCUGAAUUUUGAUAAUUCUCAAUUAAGGCAUGAAAAGAUGGUGCAAAUAAAAAGGCGAGAGUCAAUACUAUUUUCAAUUCUAUGGCGCUGCCACCCAUGGCAAGAGGAAUGCGUACUGUGCUCUUUAGUUCUAUUUUUAGAAAUUCAGUAAUUAAUACGUAUAAGAAGAAAACAAAAAGGUUGUGACGUACUAAGUGUGUUAGUAACUAAUAGCCCAUUUUCGAGUUCGCAAUGACCGCUGAAUUAAAGAAGUGAAGACGCAUUUUGUACAGCCUUAGCCUCAAUCUGAAGUAAUAUAUUCAAAAAUUCCAACGAGAAAAAGACCUUUUUAUUACUCUGCCUAUUGCCCGGGGGGGGGGCACUUUUGGAAAUUCUGGGUGGGGAUGUGCCGCUGGGACCCUGGAACCCUUAACCUAUACCAGAGCUAGUUCAGCUGAAUUUUGCUACCCUAUACUAGAGUAAACUCCCAAAAUCCCCCUAUCCUAGAGUAGCUGUUUCCCCAGUCUAGAUAAAAUCUUCAACCAACUGAUCAGUUUCCUGAAAAAUGAUACCCUAUUCUAGACCCAAACGCCCUGAUUUAUAUACCCUAUCCUAGAGUAAACUGCUUGAAAACCAUACCCUUCACAGCGGCACAUACCUAUAUAGCCCAUAUAUGGCAGUACCCCUCCCGGGGUCUAUUGCGUAUAUUCGAAUUUCAAACACUUACAAGAAUUUCUGAAUAUUUUAAGUUCCGUCGAGGCUAACCGUGUAUGAAUGUGUCGUUAAUAUUUGUAUUCAGCGGUGAUUUUUAAUUCGAAACUGGACUAUUACUACAGAACAUGUUUCUAUGACCGCACCUUUAACUAAAGAAGGCGGUUAGUUAUACUCAGGAAAAUAAAGACGUGCUAAGUGAGUUAGUAACUAAUUACUACAUGUUUCUAUGACCGCUCCUUUAAUUGAAGAAGCUGGUUAGUUAUGCUUAGGAGUCCCAUGAACCUGUUUAUUGAGCUAUUUUGAAAAAAUAGCUCAUAUGUCAGUGGUGUGAGCGUAUGUAUCUUUGUGGCUUUGUAUCUUUGUAACUUUGUAUCUUUGUAUCUUUGUAUCUUUGUAUCUUUGUAACUUUGUAUGUUCGGAUGUUUGUUGCAAGAGCCAAUAAGGUUGAAGGUACUAUGAGUUGAUGCUAAGGAACCAAUGAGAUCUUGGCAUCUACUUAAAAAUCACAUUGCUAAAGGUCGAACAAGGGCACUUUAAGACCGCCAUCUUGAUUCUUUACAAUUUGUUCGUCUUUUAUUACGGCUACAGGUGUUUGGAAACAUUAUAUUAAAUAUCUUCAUGAUUCAAACGCUGUAUACAGUGAUGCAGCUGUUUAAGGGUUCAUAUUUUAGUGUGGAUGCUACUUCAAGACAUUUCUGACCGAAUUCGGCUAUCGCGAACGGUACCACGCACGUAUUUAUGAGUUGUGUUCCACCUGCUUCAAGGUAGAGUAUAAACGAUCAUAUAUUUUCAAAGCUCUUCCAGUGAAGCAAUAAUUGAUAUUUGAAAGUAUGCGGCCUAUAAAAUGUGGUUUUAGAAGUUUGAAAAGCAGCUUAUUUUUUUAAAGCUGUACCGAGUAUUGUUAAUCCUGUAAACAAGCUGUAGAAAUAUUAUUCUCUCGCUCACAAAGUUCAACAGACCUUUUUCGUUCCGGCAAAACAACAACAAAAAGGAAUAAUAAGUGAACAACAUGAUACAUCCUUCCUGCAUACUAAGCAUUAUAGUUAUUGAAACGUAUUUUAUUUAGUAAAGAUGCGUAUAAACUUAAGUAGAAACAGUAGCGUUAGGGAAUAAAAUUAGAAGAAGCUAGUUGACACAAUAAUUAGGUACUGCUUUAUUGAGUGGAGUAACAUGAUAUGAGCAGAAAUAUAUUUCGGCAGUUUGUUAAUUUUCUUGGAAGUUAAUAAUUGUUAGGCUAUCAACCUUGACGUUGCAUGAAACAUAAUUUAAUUGCAGCUGUUGUAAUGAAGCCGAGGUGAUUUCUUAAAAUCGUUUGAGAAAAUUUUGUAGUAAACAAUUUGCGUUUUUUUUAAAGUACGAAUUGUAAAAGGGUCAAAGACCAACAUCUUCACGUGCAAAUUGUGCGCAUGAGUUAUUUUUAUAAUUCUGUUUACUCGAUUACUGUGUGAUAACUCGAAUUCCCUCACGUACUAACCAAGAAAGGGGGCAAAGUCCAACACUUUCACGUGCCAGUUGUGUGACUGUACAUCUCAUGCAGAUUGGCUUUUCACAAUAGUAAUAGUGACUUGAACGUAUGAAGACCUGUUUUGUUUUGUAACCAAUGCCUUAAAAAAGGCUCUUGUCUUUUAAGAAGCAAUAGCUUUUAAAACAUGAAGAAAUAAGUUGUCAGAGUUAAACACUGUUUCACUGAGUAGAAUCGCACGUGAAAACCUCGUGAAUUGUGAUGAUGCAACCAUAUACCACAAUGAUAAAAAUCCUGGUAUUUCGUGACUACUCGAAUUCGAUGAGUUACAUUUUGGCUUAAGAAACUCCGAGGAAACCUUAGAGUUUUCCCUCUAAUCAACGUUUGGUGAGUAGACAUAUAUUUUACUUUAACAAUUUGUUUAAAUUGCACCAAAUGUAACAGGGAAAGACAGAGGAAAGUAGCAUGAGGAUCGACGCAGCUGAGCGUUUCGCGUUUUCAUUUAUUUACGGCAAUGCUCAAUUUCGCACAAAAACCCAGUCUACAUUUAGGACGAAAAACGUAGAUUCAUCACUCUUGGUAAGGUUACACUGAAGCAUUAAAGUUACACUGAAGCAUUCAAAAUAGCUCAUGCAUGUUUAACGUGCCUAUGUUUGUGUUAAGCUGUUGGGGUGCAAUUUUCUAGUGAUUUGUGGUAAAACGUUAUUUGAAUGAUUCUUAAUUCUGAAGGAUUUUUAGUAUUGAGUAUAUAAUAGAAAAACCCAGGCUGUAAGUUCUCAGAUUGAGCCUCUUUUGAAAUUUGUAUCUUUUAAUAUUCAUAAUUAGUUAGUAAUCUGAUUUAAUUUUUGGUAAUCUGAUUUUUAAUUUUACAUAUUUUAAGCUAUGUAGGGUUCCCAAUUAGCAACCCCAUUUUCACAAGGAGCUUCAUUCCUUAGACACAUAACUGAAACUAAAUCAGGGACUGAAAGCAUCCUUUGCUAAGAGAUUAAAAUCAGCAGUAUUACCUAAAUUGAAUUAAAGUCCGUUUGUCAAUUAUUAUUUGUAGAGCAACUGUAACCUGUAAAAGUUACAUUACAGUCCCCGAACUGACUCAGUCAAACAAUUUAAGAUUGCACCAAUCACUAAAACAGACUUUAAGGGCCAAAUGACAAGACUCCACGCCUUUAAGACCAAUAUAAAAUUUAAGUCUUUCUUGAAUGAACGUUUAUUUGCAUCUGUGUCGUAGUUACGCAUCGCUCGCAUCGAUUUUUCCUUCCGUGCAGCUAUGUUGCCGGCCGCUUUAGAACAGUAAGACCUAUUUAUUUGCAACUAGCGGUGAAACAUAACAACUGCAUGGCUGUGAGUCUAAUUCCAAAUGUAUUAGGUUUUCAACGAUUGUACUGUUUCAACUUAAGGCCAGUUAAGGAAUUGCGCGGUACGAUUCUCGAUACCGGACCCUUUUUCCGACAACUGUUCAUCAGUUCAGCAAAUGGGGAACUUAGGGGAAGGGAGUUGUUAUUUCGUAUUCGUACGUUAUUAUUGAUAUUUACUAAUUAACUGCUGUUGAAAAGGGAGUUUAAGGACGGACCAUUAGAAAAGUUAUGGGGGGGGGGGGAAUUUUCGAGCCGCAGGAAUUUUUUUUUCGUUAUCAAAUUCCUUGUAUGAAUUUUUUUUAGGCCAUAGCAUGAAUAUUUUUUAGGGUUAAUUGGCGUGCAAGAAUUUUUCUCAUUUAAUUUUUGUACUUCGCUCCCCCACCCCCCCAUAAGUUUUCUAAUGGUCCGUCCCUUACAAAGCUGAUUAUCUUGUAACGGGACUAACCUGUCCGUAAACAUCAAAACGAUAUAUCACAGAUGUAUACAGAUGAAACACUGUUAUGCAUCGAAGUAAAUCUUACGUGGAUACUGAAAUAAUUGCGAGAAUGAACUAAUGUGGAGGAGGUUAUAGGCCGUGUCACCCUUCACAAAUGAUGCUUUAUUUGUGCUUUUUUCUGUUAGACAAAGCCAAAUUAAAUUGGGAUUAAAACCUUUAAAAGAGACAAAUUUGGGCUUGUCUCAGACUUGCUUUGAUAGAUCAAAAGGCCGACACUGAGCUAAAUAAGUGCUCAUCAGUGUUUUUAACUGCGAUAAUAAACACCUUCUAAUUGAAUUCUUCCCCCUUAAUCUUUCCUUUUUCCUAAGCGAUACCAGUCGAAUAGGUAAAAGUUAACAUACCCUUAGGGGUUCCAAAAUCUGCAUUACGACAAUCAUCCCAGUUUCUAUUUCAUUUCAGUGGUAUUCCCCUUUUCAGGGCACUGGUCAAUUAAAUUACAACUUAUUUUAUUAAUUUGCGGGUCUGUGACGUCUAUGGUCUGUUGAAUCAGCUAUAUAAAGUAACUCGCACUUUUACCGAUAGUUCAUAUGACUUGAUCUAAUCGCGCUUUUUCGAGUUUUCUAUGCGGCCCUCAUGGGCCCUUUGUGGCAAAGCAACAAUUACUUGACCUUACUUCUGGUUUUAAAUUUGAUAGAAAACAUUACAGCUUUCACGAAUUUCUGAGGCUUUGACUGCGCUUACCUCAUGGAAAAACCGCGCAAGUAAUUCCCGUGGGAACUCAGUGAACAGUUCAUCCCGGUAGAAAUAUUUCGGUAAAAGGCAUUUCCUGCUUUACCGUGACGACCGAGAUUUUCUGUUCCAUCUGUGGGGAUUAAUAGGGUCAGACUUCCUCUAAGCGAAAGCGAUACUCCCUUUUACCUGUAUUUUCUCGCCUGAAAAGCUACUCGACGUUUUUUGGUCAAAGUGGAGAAAAUUUUCGUAGGUAAAAAAGAAAAAGAAAAUCAUUCACGGCGCAAAUGACUUCCUGUUGACAGAAUUUUUUCACAAAUCAAACAAAAUGUUGUGUAGCGCAAGAUUGCGCAAAAAUUGGUUUCAACGGAGGAACGUGUUCCUGCACGAUGGCCAGUGGCGCAAUCAGAUGGAGCUCCGGGGGGGUACUGCCAUAUAUGGGCUACAUAGGUAUGUGCGCUGUGAAGGGUAUGGUUUUCAAGCAGUUUACUCUAGGAUAGGGUAUAUAAAUCAGAGCGUUUGGGUCUAGAAUAGGGUAUCAUUUUUCAGGAAACUGGGGAAAUAGCUACUCUAGGAUAGGGGGAUUUGGGGAGUUUACUCUAGUAUAGGGUAUCAAAAUUCAGCUGACCUAGCUCUGGUAUAGGUUUAGGUUUCCAGGGUCCCAGCGGCACACCCCCACCCAGAAAUUCCUAAAGUACCCCCCCGGGGAUGGAGCUCCUGAAUUCUGUCACGAUUGACGCAAGAAUUGAAGCUCCGGGAGGGUACUCCCUUACAAUUGCCUUAUAGGUAUAUGUCGCCCCAAAGGGUAUGAUGUUUGCGCCGUUUUGGUCAGAAAACGGGUAUAGACUUUACUUAUUUUGGUCGGAAUCGAGGGAAUUCGGGAAUGCAAGGCCGUAUUUGUCGUUUGAAUUCGAAAUGAAUAAGAAAGAAAGAGUAAUAGGCAGAUUCGAAAUUGCCUGCGUGCAGACGUCUCCUAUUUCCUUUGUUGCACGCGUGCAACAAAGGAAAUAGGAGACGUCUGCACGCAGGCAAAUUCGAAAUGGCUUUUACGAAAUCUUUUUCUUGGCGUUCUAAUCUAAGUAAUGAUAACAUAACUUCUGCCUACAUCAGGUCUGAAAAACAUUUUUUGUCUGAAAUAGGGUCAAGAUUUGGAGAACCGGGCAUCACGCCCCCACAAUGAAUUCCCAGGAAUACCUCUUCCUCCCACCCCCCGAAAUUCAAGGGAGGCCCGAGAAGCCUUCGGGCGAUAAAUCACGACACGCACGUUUCAAGGAAAGAUAAAGAAACGAUUGACCAGCAUGAGCUGUCUGAGUUUAGACCACUGAAAUAUUCGAGUCUGGGGGCCACCUGUUUUGUUAAUUAACCUGCUUCAAGACGGGGCGGGUUUAAUUUUUUUUUUUAAAUAGAGACCUUCAAGUUCAUUCACAUAUGCUGAACAGAUGGCCCUUCACUCUAAGGAGGUCGUUCGAAAAGCAACCCUUUUUGCCCACGAUAAACCCAAAUUCUAUUCUUCAGUUAGGUUUUCGUGAUUCAAAAGACUUCAACCGUGGCUAA